AUGGACAAUUACUCUCCUGAUUUCCUGCACCUGGAGAGCCCCUGCUUAAGGGCAAGAGGGAGAAGUAGGACAGGCUGGCUGCAAGUGUUCCAGGUUGUUUGUUCUUCUUGGGUUUUAGGAGCUCUGCGACCUCCUGGGGCAACUUUGGAACCCCCUAUUGUAAUUUGUAUCUUGGGGGUUGUCCGAAGGUGCCUGACGGCUGGCCCCGGGGGCAGGCUACAUGAAGCUGAAGCGGGGAUAGAGCCCCGUGGACCGGGGAAAGAAGCAAAACACUACUACCAACGAGAUGGCGUGUUUGGCUCGACACCAUCAUCAAUACCACUACUCCGCUGCAUCAUAGUCGAGGCCAUGGAUGAGGAUGAGGAAUCGGAAUCCAGCUCAUCGGUCCAGGAGACCAGUCCGAAUUGUGUGGUCAGGGCGUUGAAGGAACUAUCGGAUAUUCAUCGGUUCUCACAAACUCAUCACUUUUGGAGAUAUGACAAGCAUUUAUGUAUCGAUCGAGUGGACUGGAAGAGAAAGACGUUAAACGAUUUACAAACAGGCCUGCUGCCUCUGAUCAAACCCCAAAUCUCAAUCCUACUAAGCUCACUAGAUCUGACCCAUCUGGCAAUUCAUGCAUGUCCACACCCAGAAUUGACCAUCCAAAUCAUAUCAGUAAUCAAACGUACCCUCCAUCAAACCAGAUCAGCCGUGGAACUCCUCGCUCUUCGAGAGCCUCUACCAGCCCCAAGUCGUGACCAUCACCUUGGCCAACACAAGUGUUAUAGAUCUCUCCGACUGGUACGGGCGACCAAGGAACUGAUACAAGAGGAUCUGUGCUACUUAUUCGAAGCUUGUGCUCUUCUAAUCUGGGGAGAUGAAAACAAUGAUCAUGAAGAUUUAGACUAUGAAGCCCACGCUUCCGAACGAAGACAAGAAGUCAUGACGUUGGCCGCCGAAUCUCAAAAUCAAGUUGAUGAACUAAUCGAAGGGUCAAAACUAUCUGACUUUGAUAUAAUUCAACACCGCUGGCGACUGGCCUCCGAUAACCUCACCGAGGCCUUGCAAUUCUUAGGCGAGAUGACGAACAGAAGUUAUUCUAUCACAUCAAGAAACAACAACAACAAUAAUAAUCAAGAUGGUCAUCAGAUUUUUGAAGACGGAUUAGUCGAGGACGAGGAGAGAAACCGAUCAGCUGAUCACAGGGAACGCGUCAAUCGACUAGCCAAAUCGUUCAUCCCAUUCGUCAAACUAGGAAGAAUCUUUUAUGAUAAAUUAUCGAAAACGACGACCAAUCGACCGCCGUUUAGACUAGAUACUGAGAUGAGCUCGGAUGAACUGGAGUUACUAGCUGACAGGACGUCUUGGAUCGAAUCGAGUAUUGAUGACCUGAUGGGCGAGCUGUCUCAACUGCAUAAGUCAUCAGAAAAUCUCGAACGACGGAUCAGCUGGAUGAGGAACGAAGCCGUAAUGCCUCUGUGUGAGCUCGAUCGGAUCUUGCGUGACUUAUCGCGUCAUAUGAUCCCUGUGCACACAACUACUAGCACUGCUUAUAGUAUAUCUCAUGCUCAAUCUCACUUCAAAACUUGGUUUCGACCCUUGAAAAAACAGUUCUGGGCUGCUUGUGGCAAUUUUCUUCAGACCAUUAAUAUCUGUUUUGGGGAUCUAGUUGGAGAAACCAGCGAGAGUGAAUCGGAAGAGGAUGAGGAUGAGGACGAGGACGAGGACCAGGACCAGGACGAGAACGAGAACGACGGACAAGUGGAAGACGAUCCUAUCCCUUGACUCAGAGUUACUCAUCUCGUUUCUGUUAUCAUUUACUAUCAUACGAAUCACCCACCAACAGUUCCUUCCUUUUGUCUCUUUAUUUGUUUUUGCUCUUUCAUUAGCAUCUCCUUUUGUGAAAAUCUUAUAAUCUUAUGAACAAAUCUGGUGGUUUUGAUCGUUCUUGGUUUUCUUUCUCGUUCAGACUUGUUGAAUAUUCUUAACCAAAGAUCUGCAAUCCUUUUUUUUUUCUUGCUGCUCUUCACAUUCAAUGAAUGCUGUUUUUUUUUUCAUUCUACUGGUCAGAUUUGUCUUCACAGCAUGAUCAUAUUUCAUCGCAGCUGAGUUUAUGUGCAAUAUUUUCGAACCCGAUUGGAGGCAAGACUCGGCAAUAUUCUGUACUGGACCCAGAACUUGUGAAUCCACGGGGGAAUAUGUACUCUUCUGGGAGCGGGGGGGGGGCGGGGAGCUCGGGGGAUGACGCACAUAUCUAGUUUUGGGGAGCUGUGCGGCUGGAUGGGCUCAUCUCCAUCUAUCCCUCACCCUCACGGUCACCGGUGCUCCCAUCAGCUCCCAUCUUUGCUUCUCGCUGUAACCCGAAUCUGGUCCAACCGAAUCAAAUAUGUCGAGCGGAGAUACACAAGGCGCGGUAAUCGACGCACUUCGGAUGUUGAUCGCUACGACCUAUAUUGCUCGAUCGGAGUAUGAUGCUGGCAUGGACCCGCUGUUAAUGGAUGGAAUCGAGUCGAAAGACGAUCUCUUGGAACAGUUCCACUCGCGCCUUUUGCCUCUGUUAGCUCAUCAAAUCACUGAUCUAGUACGAUCACUCAAUCUAUCAGAUUCCACACAACUCACAUCGAAUCCGGAUUUUGAACUCAUGCUCAAAAUCACAUCAGAACUCAAACCGACUCUCGGUCAAAUCACAGCCUACACCAAUUCCCUCGCCAUUGGUCCUGAUCAACCUGACCCAAGAAUUGAAUAUCCAUGCCAUCAUUUAGAAACUGCGAGAUCGUUUCGUCUACUGGAGGAUGUCGAACAACUGCGGCGACAUCUCAGCGUGAAAUUCUUGCUUGCUUGUCUGAAACUUAUUGAUCCUGCGGUUUCCAAAGAUGAUGAUCAGCAGGAAGAGGAUUUAUCUGAGCGGCGAACGCAUAUUCUCGACACUGCAGCUUCAACGGCGGCUUUGAUUGAUGGUUUAAUCGAACGUUGCAAACGAUCUGAUUUGGGAAUUCUCCAAGAGGAAUGGCAAGAGAUUGCAGAGUCACUCGACAUUUCACUGAUCAUCACCACCAAAAUAAAUAGACCAAGUACCAUCGAUGCAACUCGAGCUAUUCUAAUCACUCAGAUCACCGAAUCAUCAAGGACACUCAUCAAACUAUCCAGACUGUUCUAUAAUAAGCUGUCGAAUAGUUCAAUCCAUAAACUGACGUUCAAAUUGGCUGCCGAUCUGAAUUCUUGCCAGCUGGACUACUUGCUUGAAAGCACUAAAACGUUCUCUCAUACUCUCCAAGCACAACUUCUAGUCUCUCUGCAUGGGAUCAGUACGCGUGAACUUGAAGAUUUGGAGGAGGAUAGAAUCGAAGCAGUCGCUAGAAGCGUGUGCGGCGAUUUCAUACGCGCAUUAGACAGUUUGGAAGAUUUUCUCGUCCCGUUGGCCCCUCAAGUUGACCACCAUGCUGCACCUACAUAUAGUUUCGAUACUCACUUUGCUCCAUUGAAGGACUCGUUUCUCAGAGCUACAACAAAUCUCCUCAAUCUCUACUCCUUGCUUGAAUGACAUAUCUCAAGCAAUCAUGCCUGCCUUGUUUUGCAACCCGCUUUAAUGACGAUUCUCAACAGAAACAGUCUACAACUAUCUUGAAAACCUGGUUAGAUCUUCUAAGAUGAAUGAAAAAUAGACUAUGCAUCGGUCAAGGCAGAUUUAUGAUAACUGAACGUAAUUCGACCAAAAGAAGAUUUGAUACAUAGCUAGCAUUUUAAUGACAAUACCACAAAUGUGGUGAAUAUAAUACAUCAUGUGUAAAUUUGCAAGCUGCUAUGUCAAACAGAUCACCCAAACUAUUGAAGAAUGACAUAAUUGAUCUACUACUUUAAAAUUGAUGAAGCUCAGAGUCAGAGCCAAUGUGAUGAUUUAUGAAACAAAUGAUCUCAGUGUAAUCGGCCUGAAGAACUGCAGUUUGUUGAAAUUCUGCCUUCUCCUACUCCUACCUAAAACCCCAUUAUUAUUUUUUCCCUUGUUUCUCACUCUUGAAUCAUUUGUUGGCUCAACUUUAGAAGCAUGAUAGUAGCCCAUGACA